AUGAUUUAUUCUCUUCUUCUAUACGGCUGCGCUAGCAAUUCCCCUGUUGAAUCGCAGGUCCUCCUGCAACCACAGGUGUGCCGUCGGGGUCAGGGGCUGGGUUUCCCCCGAACAGUAUCGAUACACGAGAAAAUCCUAACUAGAGGCUUCAUACACUGUGGAAAGGGGUGGGAGUCCCUAUACUCUCGCCGGUCGCUAUUGACCAGCACCGUAUACGACCACAUCGAGGAGCACGAGGCAUCUGUAUCGCCGGCUACGGAGGAUAUAUACUGCACGGGAGAGACCCAGCACCUGACCCCGACGGCACACCUGUGGUUGCAGGAGGACCUGCGAUUCAACAGGGGGAUUGCUAGCGCGGCCGUAACCUGCCCUGAGUGGUUUGAGGAGAAGGGGAAGCUCGCCGCAAUCGAACUGACGAAUCUGUUUGCGACAGAUAGACCUAGGAGGUUAUCCACUGGAGGAGAGAGAACGUUUGUUUAG